AUGAAUAUAGAGGAGGCAACAAAAGGAGAUUUGACUGAUCUUGCCCGGCGUGCAUUUGAGCUCUGGCAACGACUCCCGGUCGAGAGAACAGAGAGACGGAUCGAGGAUGGAUCUGCUGGAGAGAGAGGGAGAGAGCGGGUCCAAAAACAAUGGGCCGACCCAAGUGAAGUUAAAGAGGCGAACGACGGCCGCAGGGACUUUUUGGGAUUUGGACAGGCCGGAGAGAUCAGGACAACAGUGCGCAACGACGACUGUCAGUCAAGACUGUUCUCUGAGAGCAAGCGAUGGGGUAUAGAAAUAGUAGAAAUGGUCGAGCUGGUCGAGCUGGUCGAGAUGAUGGAGACUGUUUCUACCCCAAUUCCACAAGCGAAGGACGUAAUGUUACGCCAAUUAACUGGUGGGUUUCUGGGUGGCGGCCUGAGGGCGGUUCCUCCCAGCUGCGUGGGGUUAAGACAGGCCGAGUGCGUGGGCCUUGACUUCCCACCCGACGGCUGCUAUGUUACUCGCUGGCCCUUUGUCAACCCUUCUGAUCCCUGGGGGCAGGGGAGCCACAGCCCACCCCAUCCAGCUGCUCGAUGA